AAGGAUACACUUAGCAGCCGCCUGCUGUCUACUGCCGUGCGAUGCAUUGGCGAGUGUGGCUUGACUGAGUGGCAGGUUGCGCGCCGGAGCGAAAUUGCAGUUUAGGCCAGUGCUGUGAUCGGUCUGCCUGGCGCACACAAUAUUGAGUGUAGGAAACAGUGGUAGGUUCUGCAUCUAGAAGCAACACUUUCCGGCAGGCGAUGGCUGUGGAAGUUAGGCCAUGCCCCAACGGGCCCCUGUACGUCGACGUCGACGGCUUGCGGCUCAACAAGCGCUUUUCGCCGACGGUAGUGCGUGAGGCCCUGCGUUACUGUGCUACGGCGUGCGACAAGUUCCUCUUGUCGUACCCAAAGUGCGGGACCCACUGGGCCCAGCAGAUUGCUUACCUCAUCGCCCAUCGUGGGGUUCCGCCCACCGACACUCUGCAGCUUCACAUGUACGGACCUUCGCUCGAGAAGUUCGGUGCCGAGACGCUGGCAGAACUUCCCAACAAAGGGUUCAUUCGCUCUCACCUGCCAUCCGACUUUGUCCCGAAGCAUCCGCAGGCCAAGUACAUCUACGUGUGCCGAAACCCAAAGGACGUCUGCGUGUCCUUCUUCUACCAUACGAAAGCACUGCCGGAGUGUGACUUUGGGAAUGGCAAGUUCGAUGACUUCUUCGAGAUUUUUCUUGAAGGCAAAACUGACUUCGGUGACUACUUUGAGCAUGUGCUGCCCUGGUACAAACGCCGUGGUGACGAUAACGUGCUGUUCCUAAACUACGAGGACAUGAAGAGCGACCCUAGAAAGCACGUGCUCGAGAUGGCUGCGUUCAUGGACAGGGACCGCUACGACGAGCUUCUGGAGAACGAAAGCAUGCUGGCAGAUGUCUUAAAGUUCAGCAGUUCCGAGUAUAUGAAAAAUCCACCUUCGGGUGGUCCCAGGACACAAGCGAAAAAUUGCAAUUCGGAGGCCCAUGUACCAAAGAUAAUGCGAGAGCUCUUUGAAACGCCCGGUUCAAUACGGCAGUUCAGCGACGUUGUUCGUUCUGGGCGCACGGGUGGUUGGAAGGAGCACUUUACGCCAGAUAUGAACGAAAGAAUAGAAAAGAAAAUACGUGAAAAGCUUUCGCAAACUGAUCUAGUUUCACUAUGGAGGCACUAUGGCAUUCUGUAACCAGUUUUACGUCUCUUUUUUCUGCUUUGUCUUCUGUGUAAACAAGGGAAUUUAUUCUUUCAGUAUAGUUAGUUCAGUUUUAUUUAUAAGUGAUAACGUUCAUUUGCAUAUUGAAGGAAAAUACCAAAGGCUUUCCCAAACUGAUUUAGUUUCAUUUUGAGGGAAUUAUAUGACAUUCUUUGAUGCAUUUCUGGGUCUUUUUUUUAUUUGGCCUUGUGUGUAAAUAAAUACUGAAUCGUUCGUAUGUUUUAUUUUCGUUUGCUUGCAUUUACUUACCACCGUGCUACUUUCCCAAUAUUUUCGCAAUAUCAAUAGCAAUAACGUGUUCUAUUCGGACACCUUUGUUUCUUGCGAAAUCGCUUGUUCCUGAAUAACAAGUUGAUUCCAGCAACUUCGAGGAUAGCUUGAGCUGAUAUUGAAAGACUAUAGUUU